AUGCUCAACUCGGAGCCCCAGGACAGAUCGCUCUGGACAAGAGCAGGGCGCCGUUUAGGCUUUCCCAGGUCCGCCAGAGAGGCGCCCGCCCAGGCUUUGCUCGGCCGCCCCCUGAUACCCCGACUUCAGCCCGCGCCCCGCCUCCGCCGCUCGGCCCCCUCGGCCCGCCCCGGGCCCGCGGUGGCGGCAGCGGAGUGUCACGGCGCCAUUGCUCUCCCUCCUUCGCUCUGCACCAUGUCAGGAAGGAGAAGCGCUCCUUCACCCGAAGGGGCAGGGGCCGCGGCCUUCAGCAGGGAGCUGCGAGUGCUCGGGGAGACCCGAACGGUGGAGGGGACAGAGGUUGAGGUCCAAGCAGCCCGCUCCUCACCCCGCGGAAGCAAACUUAGCGGCGCGGCCAGCCCCACAGCCAUUUUCCCGGGGAACCCGGGGAAGCGGACGAGGAGGCGGCUGCGGCGGCGGUUCCUGCACUUGGUGCCGCUGCUUCACGACUUGCCCCUUCCCCUGCGCUCGCUGCACCACUUGCCUAGCAUCCGCCUCCCCACCUCCAAAGCUUCCAACUGCACCGGGACCCCGGGCAGCAGCACCAGCUGCUAUUGCCGCUUCGUCCAUUCAGUAUUCCGCGCUUCCUUUCUCCCCACAUACCAACAGCGGGUGAAGUGCGCGCUGUCAGCUCCUGAGUCCUCCGCCCCACUGACCCCCAGGGGCCCCCGUCCCGGCAGCACCACUCGCGGCCGCGACGGCAACUCGCUUCUACACGAACUCCUAUUGGCUGCUCAUGACGCCGAAGAGCUUCGGAUUGGACCUCGCUACCUGUCGUCCUCAUUGGAUGUAGCUCUGAAACUUCACGGAUUGGUGCGAAAAACAGCAGAGGGGUCAGGAAGAGCAGUUCGGCACGAGGAUUGGCGGCGGAGUGUCCCAUGGAAACGGAACCCAGAACUGCAGCCAGAGGCUUACACGGGGGCGGGGCAGGGUGUUUCCAAGGCGCUUGCGCUAAACCGCUUCUCGGCGCCAUUUUGUCUCGGCAGCGGUAGCCGCAGCUCUAUCGCAUUUUAUGCUUCUGGCGUGAAAGGAGCGGAGUCCUUAUCCGGUAGAUUUAUUUUAGUGGGGCACCCAUCCACCGUUCUCUCCAGGACAGCACCUAGUCCUGGUCGGAGGAGUCGCAGAGCUGUCAAAAAGACUAUGGAAAUGAUGUUAGACAAAAAGCAAAUUCGAGCGAUUUUCUUAUUCGAGUUCAAAAUGGGUCGUAAAGCAGCGGAGACAACUCGGAACAUCAACAAGGCAUUUGGCCCAGGAACUGUUAACGAACGUACAGUGCAGUGGUGGUUCAAGAAGUUUUGCAAAGGAGACGAGAGCCUUGAAGAUGAGGGGCGCAGUGGCCGGCCAUCAGAAGUUGACAAUGACCAAUUGAGAGCAAUCAUAGAAGCUGAUCCUCUUAAAACUACACGAGAAGUUGCUGAAAAACUCAACGUCAACCAUUCUACGGUUGUUCGGCAUUUAAAGCAAAUUAGAAAAGUGAAAAAGCUUGGUAAGUGGGUGCCUCGUGAGCUGACCGAAAAUCAAAAAAAUCGUCAUUUUGAAGUGUCGUCUUCUCUUAUUGUACGCAACAACACCGAACCAUUUCUUGAUCGGAUUGUGACAUGGGAAGAAAAGUGGAUUUUAUAUGACAAUGGGCGACAACCAGCUCAGUGGUUGGACCAAGAAGAAGCUCCAAAGCACUUCCCAAAGGCAAACUUGCACCAAAAAAAGGUCAUGAUCUCUGUUUGGUGGUCUGCUGCCGGUCUGAUCCACUACAGCUUUCUGAAUCCUGAGGAAACCAUUACAUCUGAGAAGUAUGUUCAGCAAAUCGAUGAGAUGCACCAAAAACUGCAACGCCUGCAGCCAGCAUUGGUCAACAGAAAGGGACCAAUUCUUCUCCAUGACAACGCGCGACCCCAUGUAGCACAGUCAACUCUUCAAAAGUUGAACGAAUUGGGCUAUGAAGUUUUGCCUCAUCCUCCAUAUUCACCUGACCUCUCGCCAACUGACUACCACUUCUUCAAGCAUCUUGAUAACUUUUUUCAGGGAAAACACUUCCACAACCAGCAGGAUGCAGAAAAUGCUUUCCAAGAGUUUGUCAAAUCCCGAAGCACAGAUUUUUAUGCUAUGGGAAUAAACAAACUUAUUUCUCAUUGGCAAAAAUGUGUUGAUUGUAAUGGUUCCUAUUUUGAUUAAUAAAGAUGUGUUUGAGCCUA